AUGAUGCAGAAAUAUUGCUCCAAUGGCUCACCACUUGCCCCGACACCCAUGAGUAGAGGGAGCCCAACUUGGAAGAGAUUGACCAAGGCAUGGGGUCAUGCCCACCCGCACAUUCGAUGGCUUGUGGGAACAGGAAGAAUUUGUUUUUGGGAUGACAUAUGGCUCGGUGAUAUCCCCCUUAGGGAGACUUGCAUUGAUGAGAGGGGCAAUCCCAUGACAACCGUUUCGGAGUUCUUCACUAACGGCACAUGGGAUGUUCCUAAACUUCAAUUGCCUCAUGAUCAAGCUGGUCUUCCGCAACCAAUCAUUGAUCGGAUCCGCAACACCCCAAUAAUAACCGAAGAUCCGGACGUCCCGAGAUGGACCUUGUCCCGGCGAGGGAACUUCACCUUAGCCGUAACGCGGGAGGUGUCCCGGUCCCAAGGACCAAUUAUCCAGGGACUCGAAGACAUAUGGAAGGCUGGUCUCACAACUUCCAUGGCAAUCUUUAAUUGGAGGCUCUUAUCUAACCGGAUCCCAGUUGAUUCGAAACUUCAAUGGCGUAAGAUCGAGAUCGCAUCCAAAUGCAACUGCUGCCCCCACCGGCCGAGCACAGAGUCCCUCCAACACCUUUUCAUCCAAGGCGUAGGGGUGAGAAGAGUAUGGAAAGAAUUUGAUGGAUGGUUCGAGGGCCCCUCUUCACCACUUGGGAUAAAUGACACCAUACCCACACGAAUUGAAGUAUGGGCGAGAAGAACGCAGCAACCAGGUAGGAAACAUCUUAGCCGAGCCUUGCCUUACAUCAUCUUUUGGUUCCUCUGGGCAGAACGAAAUAGAAGCCGCCAUCAUGAACUCCAGUUCAGGGCGAAUAACGUUGUGUGGCAGACCAUUACCUUUAUCCGUAACAACAUGGAGAAUGGAAGACUCAAGCCAAAACAUUGGAGGGGAGUUCGGCUUGGAGUCACCAUCCCUAGCCGUGCCGAAUGCCUAAGACCACUUCCGCUUGCAAUGAUGAUCAAAUGGGAGCCUCCGGAUCAGCCUUGGAUCAAACUAAACACAGAUGGAUCAUACUUCGAGAGGUCUGGUAAGGCCGGGGGAGGGGGCAUUAUUCAGAAUCAUUCGGGCACGUUGAUUUUGGCUUAUGCCUUAACCCUCGAAGCACAAUCACCCCUCGAGGCCGAGCUGCUUGCUAUACAGCAUGGAUUAAAGAUGGCCGAGGCCCUUGCGAAACCAAUUUGGCUCGAGUCGGAUGCCGAGCAAGCCAUUAACCUUAUCAAAGGGGCACAAUGGGGCCCUGCCCAUACUCGCCACGCCAUGGCGCACAUUGCCUUGCUAAAGCGCAGGCUCACCCUCCGAACAACUUUCAUCCAUCGGGAAGGCAACAAGGCGGCCGACUUACUCGCGAAGAUGGGUACGGACAUGAUCUGCAGCCAAACCUGGUCCGAACAAGAUGUGCCGUGGGCCCUUACAGAUAUCGUCCGGUUGGAGCAGAAGGGGACCCCGAAUAUCUGCGUUCGUGAAGAUGGAGAGACUUAA